GGAGUGGUACUGCAACUCAUUAACACGGUGCGCUGAUAGGAGUGUAGCGCCACCUACAGAGUCUGGGAGUAGAGGAAACCUCCAGCCACCGCACCCCCUCCCUGAGAAGACCCUGUUUUUGGGGGGUAAAACAAAACCUACAUUUAGAUUAUUUCAAAGUAACUAAAUGGAGUCGUAGCUAUUUAGCUGUGUUGUUGUCUGUGUCCUUUUUGGAGGGGGGGGGGACAUCAACCAUCUAUCUCCAGCCACCGCACCCCCUCCCUGAGAAGACCCUCUUUGGGUUAAAAACUAAAUUUAGAUUCGUUUAGAUAACAACAUGGAGUCAUAGCUAUUUAGCUGUGUUGUCUGUGUCCUUUUUUGGACGGGGUUUUAACCUAGUCGGACAACGGGUGUCCACAUAUUGACUAUGAGCACCCGGAGAAGCGUUAUAGCGGUCCAUGAAGAGCCGUCUAGCCGUCGGUAGUCCUCCUUCUGUCCGGUCUAGUGGACUUGAUGAACUCCGUCCGUCCACCCUGACCCGUGGAGUAGCACCGACAACACAAACAAGGUCAUGGACUUCCCGGGCCACUUCAACCAGGUCUUCCAGCAGCUGAACUACCAGCGCGUCCACAGCCAGCUGUGUGACUGUGUCAUUGUGGUGGGCAGCCGCCAUUUUAAGGCCCACCGCUCAGUGCUGGCGGCUUGCAGCACUCACUUCAGAGCCCUGUUCACCGUCGCCCAGGGAGACGCCAGCAUGAACAUGAUACAACUGGACAGCGAGGUGGUGACAGCGGAGGCGUUUGCUGCCCUGGUGGACAUGAUGUACACCUCCACCCUGAUGCUAGGAGAGAGCAACGUGAUGGACGUGCUGCUAGCUGCCUCUCACCUCCACCUGAACGCCGUAGUCAAGGCCUGUAAGCACUACCUGACCACCCGCACCAUGCCCAUGUCCCCGCCGGCAGACCACCGGGCCACACAACACCGCCAACACACCCACGCAGAACAGCAGAGACUCAGGCAGCAGCAGCAGGCAGCCGCCGAGUUAGCCGCUAACGCUAACCUAGCCGCUAACGCUAACCAAGAGGCUAACGCUAACCUAGCGGCUAACGCUGCUACGUCCAGGCUCCAGCGGUCGUUCCUGCUGCAGCAGCUGGGUCUAAGCCUGGUGAGCUCUGCCCUGGGCGGGGUGGAGGAGGAUGGGCUAAGGGGUGGUAGCGAUGGUGUUAGCAUUAGUGGUGUAGUGGAGCACAAAGCUUCCUUCCCCAUUCGACGCUUCCACAAGAGAAAGCCCUCCCUGAGCUUUAGCCUAUCUGAGGACAGGCCCAGGCAGAGGCCACGCCCCUCCGGAACCCACGGGGAUGAGGAAGUGGGACUACUCUCCCCCGACUCCCACAAGACGGGGGAGGAGGCCAGACUGGACGCGGCGAUCACCGGCCUAGUAGGGGGCGUGUCCCAGGAUGACUCCCAGAUGCCCAGCCAAUCGGACGGCGGACGCUGCGAAGGGGAGGAGCAAGGGAUGGUGGAGGAGGGGGGUGUGGGGAAGGAGUCCCUGGAUGGAGGGAGUCACCAUGGUGAUGGGGUGGAGGUGAAGAUAACGGAGGAAGAGGAGGAGGAGGAGGAAGUACGGGAGCAACAGGGACAGGUGGUGGUCAAGUGUGAGCCUCUGAGCUCCCCAGAGCCAGCUGAUGACAUCACCAUCCGGGGUAGCGACCAGCUGGGACCUGGAAGAGGAGGAGGAGGGGAGGAGGAGAAGGUAGAACUGAGCCCACAGAGCAGCGACCGUAGUCUCUCCUCCUCUGACCAACAGCUUCUUCAACCCAGUUCCCAGCUCCUGCUCAAAGGCGGUCUCGGUAGUGGGAUUGGCGGUGGUUUUGGUAACCAUCUUGAUGGGAAGUCUGGUUUUAGAAUUUCUAGCUUCCUCGGCGCCAAGGUCUUCGGAAGCGGGGGGUCGGGGGUCGAUGCCGGGGACGACGACCUCCUCAACACGACGACCGGCGAGGCGAUGGCAGCGACACAUGGCUUCCUGCUGAGCCCGGAACACUCUGGAACCAAUAACUCCGCCUCGAUGCUCCGUCCCGGGUCGGCCAACCACCUGCACCUGCUGGGUGGCGACGGUCUCGGGGGAUUCUCUACAGACGCCGAUUCGCUCUUCCUGCGUCCCCUGCAUGACGGACUGGGAAACUCCAGAGGGUUCCCAGAUCCAUUUUCUCUGGACUUCCAGCGCUCCAGCCUGGGUCUGCACUCCCUGGCCCGCGCCUCUCGGGGGAGCUCCCUGGGCUUCCCUGGAUACCGCCGCAUCGCACCUAAAAACGACAACGUGGGCGGAGGAGGAGGAGGAGGAGAAACAGGGGUCGUUCAUCUCCAAGACGCCCUGUCUUCCUCCAGUCUUGGGGAAGGGGGACCCCUGCUUCUGAACGGUUCGGGAGGUUACGAGUCAGGCCCACCCACCUCGUCCUCGUCCGCCCCACACCCUCGCCCCCAGCUGACCCGUGCCUCUGCCGACGUCCUCUCCAAGUGUAAGAAGGCCCUGUCCGAACACAACGUCCUGGUGGUGGAAGGAGCCAGGAAGUACGCCUGCCGAAUCUGCUGUAAGACUUUCCUCACUCUGACCGACUGUAAGAAACACAUCAGAGUCCACACUGGGGAGAAACCGUACGCCUGCCUCAAGUGCGGCAAACGUUUCAGCCAGUCGUCUCACCUGUACAAACACUCCAAGACCACGUGUUUACGUUGGCAGAACAGCAACAUGGCCGACGCACUGAUGUAGAUGCUUCGAUAGGGGAGGGGGGAGGGCAGAACAGCAACAUGGCCGACGCACUGAUGUAGAUGCUUCGGUAGGGGAGGGGGGAGGGGAGAACAGCAACAUGGCCGACCCACUGAUGUAGAUGCUUCGGUAGGGGAGGGGGGAGGGCAGAACAGCAACAUGGCCGACGCACUGAUGUAGAUGCUUCGGAGGGGAGGGGGGAGGGCAGAACAGCAACAUGGCCGACGCACUGAUGUAGAUGCUUCGGAGGGGAGGGGGGAGGGCAGAACAGCAACAUGGCCGACGCACUGAUGUAGAUGCUUCGGUAGGGGAUAGAUGUGAUCACUGUCGGAGGGGGGGUGAACGGUAUCCAGAUUUUAAUACCUUUAUAUCAUCGUUGUGCCAUACCGGAGCUAUACGGUAUUACUGCGAAUUAAUGGAAGAAAAAAAAUAAAUAGCCAAAUUAGCGGUAUGCUAACACUAUGGGGAUUCCCAUAGUGGAUGCUAGCUAAAUGCUAACGAGUCAAGCGUUUCAGCCUGUACAAACACUCCCACCUGCCUACGCUGGCAGAACGGCAACAUGCCUUACUGUCUGUAGGCUGGCCUGGUAGGUAGGGUUGAGCUGGAUUGGGAAAUUCCUGGGAAAAUUUAAUUUUUUGAGACCAGUGGGAGGCCUAGAACAAAACCGACAUGUUGGUGAAAGUCUCUCACCUCUCCACAAAUUAGUCUCUAAGCCAAACUGUUGGGACACUACAGACAGAAGUUGGCAGAUCUACUUUUGCCCGACUUCAGACGGGGGGGGACGGGGGGGGGACGCUUGUUGGGCCCAGGACGCUUGUUGGGCCCAAGACGCUUGUUGGGCCCAGGACGCUUGUUGGGCCCAAGACGCUUGUUGGGCCCAAGACGCUUGUUGGACCCAAGACGCUUGUUGGGCCCAAGACGCUUGUUGGUCCCAAACCGUUCGGGGAAACAAACAAACGCUCAAUCUCUUUCACUGCAGAUGCAGAAGUGUGACAUCAGAGGAUGCGAUGGAUUGAUACAAAACAACAGAUAUCUCAUGCUUAUAAACGGACAGAUUUGUAUGAGGAUUUUUUAUUAUUAUUAUUAUUAUUAUGCUAAUUAGAUCGAAGGGUUAAUAGCCUCAAAGCUAGAAACAAACACUUACAGUAGCGUGUAGAAACUAUGGGUGAUCCCAGCGGGAAUCCAACCCGCAACCCUGGUGUUACAAGUGCCAUGUUCUACCAACUGAGCCAAACAGAACAAUUUGAUAGGGGUGAUCGCUUUAGAAAAUUGAGUCUAAUUUAGGAGGGGUGGACUCCCAAUUUCCUCAUGGAACCAUGUUGUGUUCCUGUUGGAACCAUGUUCGGAAUGUUUCUGAAACAGGACUUCAGAUUCAGAACAGACCUCAAGCUGAAACCUGGCUAGAGAGAUUCAGAACGGUCCUGAAGCUGAUGCCUGGCUAGAGAGAUUCAGAACUGUCCUGGAGCUGAAACCUGGCUAGAGAGAUUCAGAACAGUCCUGAAGGUGAAACCUGACCAGGGAGAUUCAGAACAGUCCUGAAGCUGAAACCUGACCAGGGAGAUUCAGAACAGUCCUGAAGGUGAAACCUGACCAGGGAGAUUCAGAACAGUCCUGAAUCUGAAGCCUGGAUAGGGAGAUUCAGAAUUAGGGGAAUUGUGCAACACUAAACCUGGAGAUUGGCUUGGAGAGGAGAACAGGGAUGUAAAGGAGAGAGGGUGGACUAGCCUCCACUCUUAGCCUUACAAAUAGAUCUGGGACCAGGCUAAGAGGGGGACCACUUCCUGUUAUGGUUCUUUACAAACAGAUCUGGGACCAGGCUAAGAGGGGGACCACUUCCUGUUAUGGUCCUUUACAAACAGAUCUGGGACCAGGCUAAGAGGGGGACCACUUCCUGUUAUGGUCCUUUACAAACAGAUCUGGGACCAGGCUAAGAGGGGGACCACUUCCUGUUAUGGUUCUUUACAAACAGGUCUGGGACCAGGCUAAGAGGGGACCACUUCCUGUUAUGGUUCUUUACAAACAGAUCUGGGAUCAGGCUAAGAGUGGACCACUUCCUGUUAUGGUCCUUUACAAACAGAUCUGGGACCAGGCUAAGAGUGGACCACUUCCUGUUAUGGUCCUUUACAAACAGAUCUGGGACCAGGCUAAGAGGGGGACCACUUCCUGUUAUGGUCCUUUACAAACAGACCUUGGACCAGGCUAAGAGGGUGCACCUUUUUGAAUGAAACACCCUAUUCCCUAUAUAGUGCACUACUCUUGACCAGGGCCCAUAGGGUAGUAGUUCACUAUAUACAGGGCAUUUGGAAAGUAUUCAGACCCCUUGACGUUUUACACACUUUGUUUCAUUACAGCCAUAUUCGAAAAUGGAUUUAAUUUUUUUUUUAAAUUCAUCAAUCUACACACAAUACCCCACAGUGACAUCACAAUACCCCACAGUGACAUCACAAUACCCCAC